GCGUGUGCGCGGCGACUGGGUCUGCAGACGGGAAGGUGGGCCCUUCCUGCGCGUGUCAGUGUUUCACCUCCCGUCGGCUUGCGGAGCGCCGACCUCAUGGCGGAGAUAAUUCAGGAGCGAAUAGAAGAUCGGAUUCCGGAGUUGGAACAGCUGGAGCGCGUUGGACUGUUCAGUCACGCGGAGAUUAAGGCUAUAAUUAAGAAGGCUUCUGAUCUAGAAUAUAAAAUACAGCGAAGAGCACUUUUUAAGGAGGACUUUAUCAAUUAUGUUCAGUAUGAAAUUAAUCUUUUGGAGCUGAUCCAGAGAAGAAGAAAACGUGUUAAGUACUCAUUUAAGAAGGAUGAGAUCGAACAUUCUAUCGUGCAGCGAGUACAAGGCGUCUUCCGACGUGCUUCAGCAAAGUGGAAAGAUGAUGUUCAGCUUUGGCUGUCCUAUGUAGUUUUUUGUAAGAAAUGGGUGACUUUGUGGAUUAUGGCGGCCAAGUGGGAAAUGGAAGAUCGCUUGUCUUCAGAAAGCGCAAGGCAUUUGUUUCUUCGGGCUCUUCGCUUUAAUCCAGAGUGCCCAAAACUCUAUCAAGAAUACUUUAGGAUGGAGCUGAUGCAUGCUGAGAAACUCAGGAAAGAAAAGCAAGAAUUUGAAAAAGCUGACAUGGAUAUGGGAGAUUUUGAUCAUCCUGAAGAAAUCCUUAAGGGAGAGUUGGCACGGAUCAUCUACAAAAAUUCUAUAAGCAAGAUUAAAGGUAUAUAUCUUUUGAAUAUUCAUUUGUGGCAGGAGGUCACAAGCUUAAGCCCAGGCUGGAUUGAGUUGUUGCUGCAACACAACUUCUUUACGGAAGCCCUGGAGGUAGCAGAAACUGGGACUGAAUUAUUCAAGGACUCCAUGCCAAUGUGGCAGAAGAAGCUGCAGGUGCUGAUUGAGUCAAAGAGCCCGGAUGUAGAGAAGAGCUUUGAAGAAGCGUUCGUGCACCUGAAGCGCCAGGUUUGUCUGCCCUUGUGGAUUUCUUGGGCAGAGUGGAGUGAGGGUGCUGAAAGCCAAGAAGACACUGAAGCUGUCUUUAAGAAAGCUAUUUUAGCUGUCACAGGUCCCAACUCAGUAACUCUGAAAGAGAAAUACCUGGACUGGGCUUACCGAAGUGGUGGCUACAAGAAGGCCAGGGCUGUGUUUAAGAGUUUACAGGAAAUUCGUCCAUUUUCAGUCGAAUUUUUCAGGAAAAUUAUCCAGUUUGAAAAAGAGCAAGAAUCCUGCAAGAUGCUGAAUUUAAGAGAAUAUUAUGAGAGGGCAUUGAGAGAGUUUGGAUCUGUGGAUUCUGAACUGGGGAUUGAACUCAGGCCCUUGUGCUUUCGGGAGUCAGAGGGCGAAGCAGCCUGCGUGGCUGGGGGUGAUGAGAGACGGUUGCCUUCCGAAGCGCGGGCAGCCGCUGCCACGAUCUGCAUCCCGGGCGUUUCUGGCCCCGCCCAGGCUCCCUGUGACCUGCGCCCCGCCCCCGACCGCGAGCGCCCCCGCUGA